AUGUCAUUACAAAGUUGGCUCUCACCCUCUCUUAAGACUAGUUCGAAACGUCCAUUGGAAAUAUCGGUAAACAAUACGAAUCAGUCUAGCCCUAGUCAAAGUUCACCCAAGAAACGGAAGUUUAGUAAAGAGCUUUCUCAAACGGCCUUUAACUGGUACGUUUUGGAUACAGAUAAAUCCAAAUGGUUUUGUAAAGUAUGUAGGGAAGCUAAGAACGAUACAGCAUAUGCCAGGGGACAUGAAAUACCAGCUAAAACUACAAACCAUGCAAGACAUGCUGCCUCUCAAGCCCAUUUAACAGCUGUCACUAGAAGUAAAUUGAAAGAUCAGCAACCAUUCCAGACCAUUGUAGCUAAACAAUUAGAUGCUGAAGAACAGAACAUGCUUGGUUACUUCUAUAUUGCAUAUCAUCUUGCCAAAAGGGAACUACCCAAGAGUGAAUUUGCCUACCAGUUAGAAUUGUUAGAUAUGUUUGGACACCAAAGAAACAAGUUUUCAUCAUAUACAAGUCACCAAAGUGUCACAGAAUUUCAAAGUGCUAUUUCAAGUGUAAUUUUGGCUGAGUGCAUGGAGAAAGUGAGGGAUUCUGUUUAUUACUCAUUAGUUGUUGAUGAAAGUACAGAUUUGUCAAACAGCAAGAGAUUGUUGGUUUAUAUACAAUUUCAAGAUGUGCUCAAUUUACCCCACUUGAAAUAUGCACAGUUUCAUGCAGUAAGGUGGUUGAGUUUGGAAAGGGCUGUUACUCUUAUCUAUAGGACUUAUCCAGCAUUGGUCAUGUCAUUAUCUGUUGAAUCUGAAUUAAGUUCAAAUGCUAAAUUGUUGUAUAAAGAUGUGUCCCAAUAUAAAUUCAUAGCAAUAACACACUUAUUGAUGGAUAUUUUGCCUUUUUUAGGGAAAUUAUCCAAGAUAUUUCAAACGUCAAAACUGGACUUUAGUAAAAUUAAACCAGCAGUUCAAAUGACUGUGGAUGGCCUUGAGGACUUGAUUCAUUCUGAAGGCGUUUUUGUAUCUAAGCUGGAUGAUUUCAUAGUUAAUAAUGACCAAGACUAUUUAUACCAACAGCCAGAAUCUGAAUGCCAAUCAAAAGAAAUUAAACGUAAUGUCAAUGAAAAUCUUGAUGGGUUUGAUGGCUUUGAGAAUGAUGAUGAAAUUGAAAAUUGUAAUCAAGUUAUACUGAAAAAUUAUCCCAACCAAAAAGACAUAUUAACAAAGUUUGUCAAGUAUCUAGUGUGCAGUGUGAAAGGGGGUUUUCUACGCAAAAUAGAAUUAAGACAAAAUUUAGAUGCUCUGUUAAAACUGGUGUUUUAA